CGCAGGUCACCCUCACCCAUGUACAUCUUGUGGGCCUCUUCAUUUCUGUAUUUUUCCUUCACUUCCCAUCUCCUCUUGUUCUUGGUGUUUACUUCAGAGAGAUGAGAGCAUGUUUGGAGAUCUUAUGAACCCUGUUUCCACUGCAUUUGGUUCUUCUUCUGCUAACCAAAUGACAUUGACAACGACUCCUUUAACCUCCAACCUCUUCUGCUACAAGUUCGCCAGGACCAAAGUUGUCCAGAGGAAAUGUGGGAUAUGGGUUGGAGGCCGCGGCCGAGGCCGAUUCUCUCUCAAUCGUCAUCUCCCAAUCUUUUGCCAAUCCAAGACAGAGGAAAUGCAGAUAAGAAGGUACUCUCCUUUCCUGGAAAGUUCAUUACUGUCAUGUAAUGGUGCCUUGGCCUCUGAUGAGUGGAAAGCAGUUCCUGACAUAUGGAGGUCUUCAGCAGAUAAAUAUGGUGAUCAGGUUGCAGUGGUGGAUCCAUACCAUUCUCCACCUUCACAAAUGACUUAUAAACAGCUAGAGCAGGAGAUUUUAAACUUCUCUGAGGGCCUAAGAGUUAUUGGAGUAAAGCCAGAUGAAAAGCUAGCACUUUUUGCUGAUAAUUCAUGUCGGUGGCUUGUUGCAGAUCAAGGUAUAAUGGCCACUGGAGCAAUCAAUGUGGUAAGGGGUUCAAGGUCAUCAGUUGAAGAGCUAUUGCACAUAUACAGUCACUCUGAAAGUGUUGCACUUGCAGUGGACGGUCCUGAAAUGUUCAAUCGAAUGGCCAAAACAUUUAUUUCCAAGGCUUCUAUGAGAUUUGUUCUUCUACUUUGGGGGGAGAAGUCAUCCCUGGCUUGUGAUGGACUAGAGGGGAUGCCUGUUUUUAAUUAUAAGGAAAUUGUAGAUUUGGGACAAGAGAGUCGCAAGUCUCUGCUUGAUUCUCAUGAUGCUAGACAACACCAUACGUAUGAAGCCAUCAGCUCUGAUGAUAUUGCUACACUUGUAUACACAAGUGGAACCACUGGCAACCCGAAAGGCGUUUUGCUUACGCAUCGGAAUCUGCUACACCAGAUAAAAAAUUUGUGGGACAUUGUGCCUGCUGAAAUUGGUGAUAGAUUUCUAAGCAUGCUUCCACCUUGGCAUGCAUAUGAAAGAGCUUCUGAGUAUUUUAUAUUCACACAUGGAACUGAACAAGUAUACACGACUGUGAGAAACUUGAAGGAUGAUUUGCAACAUUAUCAACCACAGUAUGUGAUUUCUGUUCCAUUAGUAUAUGAGACGCUCUACAGUGGGAUCCAAAGGCAAAUUUCUACUAGCUCCCCUCUGCGUAAGCUUAUUGCAUCUAUGUUUAUAAGGGUCAGCUUGACAUACAUGGAAUUGAAGAGGAUUUAUGAGGGAAAAUGUCUAACGAGGAAUCAGAAGCAACCUUCAUAUCUUGUUUCAAUGUUGGACUGGUUAUGGGCAAGAUUUAUUGCAGCAAUAUUAUAUCCGUUGCAUAUGUUGGCAAAGAAAGUUGUUUAUAGUAAAAUCCACUCUGCUAUCGGAAUAUCAAAGGCUGGCAUAAGUGGAGGCGGUAGCUUACCUUUGCAUGUUGAUAAGUUUUUUGAGGCAAUUGGUGUGAAAGUGCAGAAUGGGUAUGGUUUAACAGAGUCUUCUCCUGUUGUUGCUGCUCGACGGCUUACCUGUAAUGUUCUUGGCUCAGUUGGGCAUCCGAUUCAACAUACAGAGUUCAAAAUUGUAGAUUCUGAAACCAAUGAAGUUCUCUCACCUGGUUUAAAGGGCAUUGUAAAAGUUAGGGGGCCACAAGUGAUGAAAGGUUACUACAAGAAUCCAUCGGCUACAAAGCAAGUCAUAGAUGAGGAUGGUUGGCUAAGCACUGGCGAUAUAGGUUGGAUUGCUCCUCACCAUUCAACUGGGCGAAGUCGUCGUUGUGGAGGUGUGAUUGUUCUUGAAGGACGUGCGAAGGAUACUAUAGUUCUCUCUACUGGAGAAAAUGUUGAACCAGCAGAGCUUGAAGAAGCUGCUCUCAGAAGUAGUCUAAUUCAACAAAUAGUUGUUAUUGGCCAGGAUCAGCGACGUCUUGGAGCUAUAAUUGUUCCAAACAAAGAAGGGGUUCUAUUGGCAGCAAAAGAACUGUCCGUUUUAGAUGCCAAUGCCUCUGACCUUAGUAAGGAAAAAAUGACCAGCCUGUUAUAUAAAGAAUUGAGAACAUGGACUUCAGAGUGCUCAUUUCAAAUAGGACCAAUCCUAGUUGUGGACGAGCCCUUUACUCUUGAUAAUGAUUUAUUGACACCGACCAUGAAAAUUCGGAGGGACAAAGUUGUUGCUCUGUACAGGGAGCAAAUAGACAAUCUCUUCAAGUAAAAUUUCCCCUGGAAAAUGAACCUAUAAGCCAUGAGCUGUAUUUUAUGGAUUCUUUAUCAUGGCUGUGAUUGCUUAAAAGCUGUGUGAUGUGUCACUCAUUCAUAGAGAAAGUAGGUGCAUGCAUACAUUCAAAAUUGAAGUUUAACAUGUUAAUAAUAAGUUCGACAGCUAAAACAGUUGAGCUAUAUGCUUGUUUGCCUUCUUUUUUGUUUGAAGUGAUUGCUUGUUAGCCACAGGAUUCAAUUCUCUAAUAUAAGAACUCUGAUAUCAGUGGACAGAUAUAAAGCUUGUGCAAGUUUUAGUUUUA